CGCUGAUGUUGGCUUGCUGCUUCCUGCUCCCUCCGCUCCCUCUGACCGACUGACGAAAGCCUGCCGAAGCCGCACGGCGAAGCGCCCUGCACGGACACAGCCGACCGGGACGAGCCGCUAAAGAGCCGGAGGAGAGCGGAGCCGAGAGCCGCGCAGCACAAGAGGCAGGCGGGCGGACGGAGAAGACGGGCAGCCAUGCGGAGGAAAUCAAGGAUAUUGUUGUGUUUUGCGGUGCUGUGGGUGCUGGGGAUAGCCUACUACUUCUACUCGGGGACAGCGCUCAACCGAAAGGAUGAUUGGGGCUCCAGCAACUUGUCCAUCAGGAGCAAAGGACACAACUCUGACGACAAGACUCACAGCCUGGAGACUCUGCCGCCAGGUAAGGUGCGUUGGCAAGAUUUCGACCAGGAUCUGUACGUUGGAGCCACGGUGGUGCGACCAGGUCAGGACCCGUACGCCAGGAACAAGUUCAACCAGGUGGAGAGCGACAAACUCCGUAUGGACAGAGCCGUUCCCGACACGAGACACGAUCACUGCAGACAUAAACAGUGGAAGUCAGAGCUGCCGGCCUCCAGCGUCGUCAUCACCUUCCACAACGAGGCUCGCUCCGCUCUGCUGCGGACUGUGGUCAGCGUCUUGAAGAAAAGUCCUCCUCACUUGGUCAAAGAGAUCAUUCUAGUGGACGACUACAGUGAUAAUCCUGAGGACGGAGCGCUGCUGGGGAAGAUUGAGAAAGUGCGCGUGUUGAGAAACGACCGCAGAGAAGGACUGAUGCGUUCGAGGGUUCGCGGUGCAGACGCCGCCACAGCGCCGGUCCUCACCUUCCUGGACUCUCACUGCGAAUGUAACGACCACUGGCUGGAGCCGCUACUGGAGAGAGUCGCUGAGGAUAAGACCAGAGUGGUUUCUCCGAUCAUAGAUGUCAUCAACAUGGACAACUUUCAGUAUGUGGGAGCCUCGGCCGAUUUGAAAGGAGGCUUUGACUGGAACUUGGUGUUUAAAUGGGACUACAUGACUCUGGAGCAGAGACGAGCCAGACAAGGCAACCCCAUCGCCCCAAUAAAGACUCCGAUGAUCGCAGGAGGUCUGUUUGUCAUGGAUAAGGAAUACUUUGAGCAGCUGGGGAAGUAUGACAUGAUGAUGGAUGUGUGGGGAGGAGAAAACCUGGAGAUCUCAUUCCGUGUGUGGCAGUGUGGAGGCAGUCUGGAGAUCAUCCCCUGCAGCAGAGUCGGCCACGUCUUCAGAAAACAACAUCCGUAUACCUUCCCUGGUGGCAGCGGGACGGUGUUUGCGAGGAACACGAGGAGAGCAGCAGAGGUGUGGAUGGACGAGUACAAAAACUUCUACUAUGCUGCCGUCCCCUCGGCGAGAAAUGUCCCUUACGGAAAUAUCCAGAGUCGCUUGGAGAUGAAGAAGAGAUUAGCUUGCAAACCUUUUAAAUGGUACCUGGAGAACGUCUACCCCGAACUGAGGGUCCCAGAUCACCAGGACAUCGCUUUCGGAGCCCUGCAGCAGGGAGGAAACUGCCUGGACACCCUGGGCCACUUUGCAGACGGCGUGGUGGGCGUUUAUGAAUGUCACAACGCCGGGGGAAACCAGGAAUGGGCCCUAACUAAGGAUAAAUCGGUAAAACAUAUGGACCUCUGUCUGACGGUGGUGGACAGAACAGCUGGCUCCCUCAUCAAACUACAAGGCUGUCGAGAGAAUGACAGCAGACAGAAAUGGGAGCAGAUUGAGUCCAACUCGAAGCUCCGUCACGUGGGCAGUAACCUCUGCCUGGACAGCCGCAGUGCCAGGAUGGGCGGCCUCACUGUGGAGGUCUGCAGCCCGAGCCUCAACCAGCAGUGGAAGUUCACCCUCAAUUUACAAUCAUAGGGGGCGCUACAGACCCCGGGAAGACUUGGCUGAUGGAUAGAGACACCACCAGACUCUGAGACGCGAAGAUGGAUAGACUCAAGGAGACAGACAAACUCGUUGGAUUCGUGGAUCCUUCUCGCUCCUCCUCCUCCGCAGAGGUGCAGCCGGUCAUGCGUACACCCCUCUCCCCCACCUCACCCCCCCCUCUCUCUCCCUAAAACGAUGAGCCACGCCCCCCUGGGGGAGGGGCUUGUAGGCCACAAUGGAGUAAACAGGAAACAGACUGUAUGUGGUGGAUGGAUGGUGCCAGAGAUGAUCAUGAUGAGGAUAAAAAGCGAUGAAAAGGCUUUUGUUUCAAACUACAUACCUCAGUGUUUUUUCAUUGAUGGUUCCAGAGGCAAAUGACCAGUGAAUUCUUCUUUUGUUCUAUUACUUUCUUUAAUGCUGGUGAAACAGAACUCUAAUUAUUUUUAUUUUCUUAUUCAUGUUUUUGUUUUUUAAAAAAAUAAUUUCUCGCUGUUAAUUCUCCACGGAGACUUGCAAUAGCGUUUUGGGGUUUUUUUUUGGUUCUUGAGAGAAUCCUGUAACAGCAGACGGAGGCUUCGGGUUGUGGCUUUCUGGGAGGUGUGGGUGCUGAGUGAUGUGAAGGAGGGAAUGGACUCGAUUCCUUGAGCUUUUCCUUUCGCUUGCUCUCAUUGGUUUACCCAAUCGACAGAGAACGGAGAGGCCAAGCGGACAGAAGAGAAGGGCGCUCUGUGUUCUGCUUUGUUUUCUACACAGUUCUUUUUCUACAAUUUGUGUCUUGGGCAGGUGAAGGGGUUCAGGGAGGUGCUUCUCUACUUUGCAUGGGGAAGAGGGGAGGGUUUGUUUGGGAAGUGGAGUUCCUGAAACCAGCAAGUGUGGUGAAGCACACCCUGGAGGUUUUACUGUCUGUCUUCAGGCUGUAGCACUGGCUGCUGCAGCAUCCUCACUGCUACACUUCUAUGUUGCCGAAGAAAACACACACACACACACACACACACACAAAUCUCUUAUCAGUCUUUUUUCUUUCUUUGUUUACUUUUUCAAAAAAAAAAAAAAAGGAACCAAAUUUGAAAAGGAUGUGUUGGGUUUCAGGAAGACCAGAAGAGCGAUUAACGCAGUUUUUCGUUGCAUACUCGCGCUGCUCUCAGACUGCUCCCUGUGGAGCAGUUCAGUUUACCAACCUUUUCUUUUUCCCCCGCUUAGAUAAUUUUCUCUGCCUGCGUCUAUGUUGCCAUUGUAGGAGGUCUAAUACCGAAACCCAGACUGGAUUUAUAUUGCAGCUUCCUCUCUAGAGGUAGAUAAAAGUGACAUUCAUAAUAACAACAUAAUGAGACACACAGUAUUUUACAGUUCACAUAGGCAUGAUUGAGUAUUUCACUACUGUGCAUACACUACUCGUGUUCUCAGCAUCGUUGAUCCCUCCUGCAACUUCUAAGAGGACAGGAACAAUUUAAAGUUUAUUUACACGGGCAUCAGAGGUCUCUCGUUUAUUAACUAACACCUCGGUUAUUCCAGCCUGGGAGCAGAUGACACGCAAACAGAAAAGUCCUGACUGCAGUCGCACUCUGUGAAUUGCGCAUGUGUUCUGAAAAGCUCCUUCUAACCGCAUGUAUCAUCGACAUGUUUCCACAUUUGCACUCAGUCAGUAGUGUUUUGCAUCAACAUCUUUUUUUUUUUUUCCUCCAUUGUGCCUGGUAGAUGAGCCAUCUGUUCCCAAGUUUGCAACUGCAAUAAACAAGGUUUCGCUGUUUGUCCUCACUCCGUUCCUGCUGGAGGUGAGCAGAUUUUUCUGAUUGCACAAGCAGGAAAAAAACUCAAUUUUUGCUGAUACAAAGUAGAAACACUUUUCUUGUUCAUUUGAGCGAACUACUUUAUUCAGAGCAACAGCAUUUCGGUGUCACAGCACUGUGCCACUUUUUCAGGUUUUGUUACUAGAUGGUGUUACUGAUACCAUUUACAGUACAUUUAUCUGUUUGUAAGUCCAUUACCUGAUGCCUUUUCUGUAUUUUUUAUUUUUUUUGCGACACCAGAGUCUCUCCCAGGCUUCAUCAUCUCUCCGUGUUCACUGCUGCGAUCUUCAGUGCUGUUGGUCACUGAUGAGUAAUGAUGGUGGAGUUGGGAAAAUUGCUUGUGAUUAAAUUUGCAGUGACUCAUCACUUGGCAACUACAUUAACACAAAACAUCUUUGAACGGAUGCACUUCACAGCAGACAGCUAGUAAAAGUCACACAUUUCCUAGUUAGAGUAACUAGAAAGAAGUUGCAGCUUCAAAUCUUCUGUCGAAUAUCCUCUAAUUUGCUCAGUCUGCCUCGUUCACAUCACACAUUCACAUCCUUCCUCGUUGAAGCUUCUUCAGAUCUUUUAUAAGUUUUACCUGCCAACUGACAAAGACAGCUGGUCGUGCUUGCUGUGUUGUCUGAUAGAUUUGCAGCUUCUACUCAAAUCACUGUUUUCUGCCAUUUUGUUGUUUGUUUUAACCAGAUUUUUUUUUUCCUCUUGUUUUAUAUGUUGAUCAUGAAGCGGAGUGAGGGGGAGUUGAGAAGGUCAGCUGAUGCUGCAGCUGCUUAUUAAAGCCUAUCCUGUGACUUGAUAGGUUGCUGCAUUGUGCUACGAGGCACAAGACCCACACAUAUGGUUCAAGAGAGAGAGAAUCGACUAGACGUCAGGAAAGUUUUGUGUUGCCUUGGUGACCACAUUCAAAGACUCAAAUCUGAUUUAGGGCUUCGGUUAGAUUUCGUGGUAAUCAGGAGGGGAUUUACUUUCAGAUUCUGGGAAAGUCCACCGCUCUGUUUGGAAGAUGCAGAAGAAUAUGAAACGAUUUCAGUGUCUUAAUUUCUGAAGAAUGUUGGAAUUCACUCCAUGAGUUGAUUGGAAUUUAAGUGUUAAUGUCAUUUUCCUCGAGCGUGUGUUUAAAGCCUCAAAUAGACGUUUAAUUUCAGUGCAGGUGUGCAGAUGCAUGUCUUCCGAUUCAUAUUAUUUCCCACUUAGCUCACUACAUGGUGCAGUACGUGCACAUGAAGCUCUUCAAAGCUACCAGAGCUCCUGAGAUAUUGAACUUUUUUUAAAUCAGACUUUUUAUUUCACAUGUUGCAGGAAGGGUGCUCUCAUAGAUGAUGGUUAUUCAGCCGAUUCUGAAUCCGUGUAAACAUCGAGAUCAUUUGUAGGACAGAUCGAACAUCUGUGCUGUUCUGGGACAGAUAAGGUGCAUUAUUCAUUUCCUUGAUCUCCACUGGGUUCAUAUGAGGAUCUGUUCGUGGGUUAGAUUAAUGUUAAGGAUGUUGCAACCUCCUCAGCACAAUUCAGCCGUUCCCAGGCAUCGAUGUUUCAGUAAACCUUGAUGCUCCUCAGUCAGUGUGGGAUGGGGAGGAUCUGAGACAAGAAUAAUAGCGUACUGAUGUUUUCUGUGGUGCAUAGCGCCCUCUAUUGGGCAACAAUUGGCCAACUGAGAAAGAAAAGAAGAAAGUGACUUGAGGUCGUCAAUUUCUGAUGCACACUUCACAACCGGAGAGUUUCAGAUUUCCUUCUUUUCCUGUCUUUUUGUUUUAUAAGCUGUUGAUUUGACUCGGGCGGUGGAAACGAGUGUAGCUCCUGCACAGAACAGGCACGAGAACCAAACUGCACACACCUGCGUGACCGGAACAAUAAAUUGUUGGAAAGCCUUUUCUUUUUAAACUAGUCUUAUUCUUGUGACGACGAGAACUUUGCUAUUUUAUUUUUUGUUGUUCUUUUUAUGUUAUACACAGAGGAAACGACUGUAAUAAUUAAGGAGUCCGGCGCCUCGUUUUGAUUGGAUGAUUAAAUGUUUACAUCUUUAGCACAAUGUGCCAAAGUUCCUUCCUGAGUUUUCUGUGUGAGGAAGAAUGAGAAAAGGGGUAAAAGUCUGUGGACAGUGGACAAUGAGUCCCAGUAAUUCAGUGUUGGUUUGCCUACAGUAUGUUGUGUUUCUUAUUGUUCCCUCCAGGCUCAGUUCAUGCUGUGGGAGACAUCAUGGGGAGGACUGCUCUUAGCCACCGAUCUGGUGUCAGCUUUAGAAUGAUAAGUGGGUUAUUUCCUUUUUUUUACCCCCCCGACGUCUUUAGAUUUGUGAGCAUUUGUUAUGCGUUUAAGCCUGAGUGUCUGCAAAAGGCCCGUUGAGAUGGAGCCAACUGUGUGUUUGGGAAUCAUUAAAAACAUUAAUCAAAGAGAAGAAGAGUAUUGACAAUCUUGCAGACGGGCGUCUUUCUUAGCAUUAAAAGUGGGAAAAUAACUGCACACCAGUCGGUAAACAAGAGCAUCCUCCCCACUGAGCCGGCAGGACUUUAUUCAUACUCGCUGUGUUUUGGAGGGAAACAAUCAAUGGUUUAUUUUUUAAUGGAGUCCAACAAAAGAGGAGGCGUGAAGGUCAAGCUUUGUGUUCUGUCAGCUUUUCCUUUAAACAGGGAUAAGAGUUAGGUUAUGAUUUGUCCUGCAGCCGGGACGUCUUCCCCUCUCGACCCACCUCAAAUCCCCUCUUAGGAUUAACAGAAGAAAAGCCCUCUCUGAUAUGUGAAAAGCCCUGCUGAGACAUCCAGCUCAGGACUGCUUAAGCUUCUCCAUCUAUUGCUACAAAGCGACUGUAGCAGUGCGAGUGAGUACGAGGGGCUGAACAUGCACAUAAGAACAUAUACUGUAAAAGUCUCAUCAACCUGUAGUGAUCGAUACCAGACGGAGCAGUGAUCGGUGGGGAGGGACGCGAACGAGUGUGUUUUCUAAGAGGAAUGUGGAUUUGUUGAAUGACGAGGGGUCACAUAUGUAAAAGUGUAUAUUUUUGUAUAUACCUACAUCAGUGUGUGUACAGUAUGUACAUAUAUACACAGUGUACUCAGCCGCGGUUCCUAGUUUUGUUGUCAGACUGUACAGCGCUUCUAACUGUUCCCUGUUUUAUAGAUACUGCAGAAAUUCAACUUUGAAUGAGGAGAAAUGAUUAACUUAAAUAAAUGCAUUUAUAUAUAUAUAUAUAUAUUAUAUUAUAUAUAUAUAAACUAAAUGGUG